CCCGCGCCCGCGCCGCCGCCGCCGCGCCCGCCGCGGACGGAGGACGCCGAGCCAGGCGCCGAGCCCUGCGCGCGCGCCUGCGGGGCGGACCUGGACGUGCGCGAGUCCUACUGCGCCAGCGAGUUCGCAGUGAACGGAAUCGUGCAUGAUGUGGACGUGCUCGGCACAGGGAUCCGGCUGGUGACUCUGCUGGUGGACCGGGACGGGCUGUACAAGAUGAGCCGCCUGUACAUCACUCCGGACGGGUUUUUCUUCCGAGUCCACAUAUUAGCCCUGGACACCUCCAGUUGCAAUAAGCCAUGUCCAGAAUUUAAACCUGGCAGCAGGUAUAUUGUGAUGGGCCACAUCUAUCAUAAAAGAAGGCAGCUACCUACAGCUCUGCUUCAGGUCCUGAGGGGGCGCCUCCGACCCGGAGAUGGACUAGUCAGGAGCAGCAGCAGCUAUGUGAAAAGAUUUAACCGAAAAAGGGAUGGGCAAGUGCAAGGAGCAAUUCACACCCAAUGCAUGUGAAACAUUCCAGCCUGGCUCUUCUGGUUCCUCAAGAGACUUGGAUUUCAGCAACAAGACGCGAAAGGCCUAGCAUCACGUCAUGGGGUUUUUCCCUUAGAAUAGGGCACACGGCUCCUUUAUGAACUAGUUGUGAAGUGCUGACUCCAAUCUUGAAGUGGUCACUUUUUUAUUUACACAAUGCUUCUUAAAUGGUAGGCUUCUGAGCUCCAGUGGUAAAGUUAUUCAACUGUAGUGCCAGUUAUUCCCACAGCCCAGAUAACUGACCUGUCCAGUUAACAGAUCACUGCUUCGUGUUGUUUAUGUUAAUUAUUUUAAUUUAAAUACAUUCUUGAGUAGAAAUAGUUCACAAAAACAUUUCCUCGGUUUUAAAUAUACAAUUGUUGAAUAGUUUAUAUCAUGUAUCAAACCAAAUUUUAUACUAAAACCGUCACAUUUUGAAUUCUGUACAUAACAGUAAGUGCACUAGUCAGACGUAGGACAUGUCAGAUCACGUUUAGAUCAAACACACAAGUCACAGCCCAAGACAAGUAUUAAAGCUUUACACCUAAAGAGGACUGAUGGGCUUAAUUCAGGCAAACAAGUGUUUGUUCAAACAAAUGUUCCUGAUGUACCAAAAUAUAAGAUAGUUUAUUUCCAUGCCUCCCUGCUUCAAAAAUCAUGUUUUGUGCCAUACUGGCAGCUAUCUCAGUGCCAAACAUUCUGGGUGUAUCUGAUGUCAUUUUUCUCUUAAGACCAGGUAUCAUGUUUGUGUUUGUAAAGCAGUAAAUCUUGCCUUGAAAUCAGAUCUUGGAUGCAGCUGGUUUUUUAGCUUCACGGACCCCAAAAAGUUUGAGGGAAAAAAAGCAUUUCUCAAACGUACUCCAAAAACUCUGGAACUGAUAUUUAAUAACAGCUUGCAAGCAUGUGAAUUUCAAACAUUUCCCAUUUGGCUUGAAAAGAUUUAAUCACUCACUGACUUUAAUAUUGAUUUUAUACCUGAGUCCACAAAGACGUUACUUUAUUCCGAAGACCAAGCUGUGCUUCAGUUAAUAUGAAACUGUGAAUAAAGACACUGAUAAUCCA